AUCUCAACUUCUUUGCUUCAAAACCCUCGUGUCAGCUCCCCUUCUCCACCGCAGAUCGCCGAGCUGAGGUUCUGACCGGCGGUCGGUCAACAUGGUUCACGUUUCAUUUUACCGCAACUAUGGAAAGACAUUCAAGAAGCCACGUCGUCCAUAUGAGAAAGAGCGUUUGGAUGCUGAGUUGAAGCUUGUGGGUGAGUAUGGGCUUCGAUGCAAGAGGGAGCUGUGGAGAGUUCAAUAUGCUUUGAGUCGUAUUAGGAAUAAUGCAAGAAUGCUUCUUACUCUUGAUGAGAAGGACCCACGCAGGAUCUUUGAGGGUGAUGCACUCCUGAGGCGUAUGAACAGAUUCGGCUUGCUGGAUGAGAGCCAGAACAAACUUGAUUAUGUCCUUGCUCUCACUGUGGAGAACUUCCUUGAGCGCCGUCUGCAGACUUUGGUGUUUAAGGCUGGCAUGGCAAAGUCAAUCCACCAUGCAAGAGUGCUCAUUAGGCAAAGGCACAUCAGGGUUGGAAGACAGGUGGUGAAUGUUCCCUCCUUUAUGGUCAGGCUCGACUCCCAGAAACACAUUGAUUUCUCACUCACCAGUCCAUUUGGUGGUGGGCGCCCUGGUAGAGUAAAGAGAAAGAACCAAAAGGCUGCUGCCAAGAAGGCUGCUGGUGGAGAUGGAGACGAAGAAGAUGAAGAAUGAGCUUCCACAUCUCUUAGGGUAGAAGAAUAUUGUCCUGUGUUCUAUGUAGUUUUUUAUCGGGAUGAAAGUAGACUUCGUAUUAUGUUUAUUACAUGCAACAGUGCCUAUUUCCUAUAUUAUCUGCAGUUUCAUGGCUUGAGAGCUAGGAGGUUUUUGAUAUUACAAAGAGAUUCAUGUCUAAUUCUAUGUUGGACUUAUUUUUAUUUUUUUUGUGAUAGUAUGUACUCUGUAGUGAAUGAUUUGAAUUGUUUCCAUAAAAUGUGUGUUUGAGCAAACAGUUUUACUUCAA